AUGGAAGUCAGUGAGCCAUCGGACGAGGACGUGGACCGAUCGAUAGGCAGGCUUAGCACCACUUCCGGCAUCGAUCGCCUCUCAGAGUCGCUCAACUCGAGCGUUCGCGACACGCUGCAAGCGGCCACCGUGUCUGCCGACUCUUAUCAGCCGCCUAACGUGAUUUUGACGGUGAUCAAAGGUGUGGUGAUGAUUGGUAUAAUCGUGACAGCGCUGAUAGGUAACGCGCUGGUGAUAGCGAGUGUUAGACGGCACAGGAAGCUACGUGUGCCGACCAAUCGUUACGUGGUCAGCCUGGCAGCUGCAGACUUUCUCGUCGCGGUUUGCGCGAUGUCUUUCAACGCCUCGGUCGAGCUGACCGGCCACUGGAUGUUUGGCAGGAUCAUGUGCGACGUAUGGAGCUCGCUGGACGUUUAUUUCUCCACAGCCUCUAUACUACACCUGUGCUGUAUAAGCGUGGACAGGUAUUACGCGAUCGUGAGGCCGCUGGAAUACCCGGCGAUCAUGAGGCGGCUGACAGUGACGUGUAUGCUGGGCAGCGCCUGGCUUCUGCCCGCUCUGAUCAGCUUCAUUCCCAUAUUCAUGGGAUGGUACACCACCGACGCGCACCUGGAGAAGCUCAGGAACAAUCCUCAGAUGUGCCAGUUCGUGGUGAACAAAACAUACGCCGUGAUAAGUUCCUCGGUCUCCUUCUGGAUCCCCGGUUUCGUGAUGAUUGUGAUGUACUGCAAGAUCUACAAGGAGGCUGUGCGUCAAAGGGAGGCACUGAGCCGCGCCUCGAGUAAUACCGUCCUAAAUAGUGUUCACCUACAUCGUGCAUCCACCUCGAGGCAUCAUUCUAGGGCGUCACAUCAAUUGUUGCUGCAUCCAAGCGAUGCCAGUGAUUUUGGCAGGCCUGUCUCUUACAGGACCGCCGCGGAGCUGAACGUGGAGAACGGCACUUCGAUACGACAGCAAACGAAGAGCUGGAGAGCCGAGCAUAAAGCUGCGAGGACGCUCGGAAUAAUAAUGGGCGCGUUCCUCCUUUGUUGGCUGCCAUUUUUCCUUUGGUACGUGACGACGUCACUGUGCGGCGAGGCCUGCUACUGUCCAGACUCGGUGGUGGCCGUCCUCUUCUGGAUAGGUUACUUCAACAGCGCCUUGAACCCGCUGAUCUACGCGUACUUCAACCGCGACUUCCGCGAUGCCUUCAAGGACACGCUGCAGAGCGCCCUGCCAUGUUGCGCGAGCUGCUGGAAAGCCCCGUCGCAGUUCGUCUAGCGGGAGAGACCCCCCUGAACAGUCGAGUCGA